ACCGAUUCCUACUUCCUCCUAGAGCACAUGGAGCCGGUGACAAGACUAAACCGGUUCCUAAGUCUACAGAAGGCCGGUUUUAGCUGGCGUGUUGCCCUGGAGACGGCACCUCUAUAAAUACGGUCGUAUCGAAACAUUGGCUUCAACUUUCCAGUUGUAAAUCAGUUAGAGAGCGCUACACAGUUUCGUGACAGACUCGGCUGACGAGGAAAAACCGAGUCAUAUUUUCCAGGAUUCUGGUCUAAUGGACACACUCUUUGUAAAUGCUUUUUAAGAAUAAUCGCUUUAGGAAAGCGCACACUGGCUGCUCUGCAGGCCCCGGCCUAGAGUCUUACCUGAAAGGCUUCAACUUCACUGGUGAACCACCCUGGCUGCUCUGCACCUGAUUAAACUACUUUGCCAAAUUGCAUCUCUUUCUUGUCCAAUUCUUUUGUGACAAUCUUUAAAUAUUUUCUUCGACCAUGAACACUUCUGCUCCUGAUUUUGCCUUCCUGGAGGAGGGUUUCUGUGCCCGUGACAUUGUUGAGCAGAAAAUCAACGAGACUUCCAUGUCUGAUGAUAAGGAUGCCUUCUACGUGUGCGACUUGGGUGACGUGCUGAAGAAGCACAUGCGAUGGGCGCGUGCCAUGCCUCGUGUCACGCCCUUCUAUGCUGUCAAAUGCAACGACAGCCGGGCUGUUGUCACGACCCUGGCCUCCUUGAACGCUGGCUUUGACUGUGCAAGCAAGACUGAGAUCCAGAUCGUUCAGUCUCUGGGUGUGGAUGCUAACAGGAUCAUCUACGCCAAUCCCUGCAAGCAGGUGUCCCAGAUCAAGUAUGCCUCUGCCCACGGAGUGCAGAUGAUGACCUUCGACAGUGAUGUGGAGCUCAUGAAGGUUGCUCGGUACCACGACGAUGCCAAACUUGUACUGCGUAUUGCCACAGAUGAUUCCAAGGCAGUGUGCCGGCUGAGUGUGAAGUUUGGUGCCACCCUGAAGGCCUGUCGGGGUCUCCUGGAGCGGGCUAAGGAGCUGGGCCUGGAUGUUAUCGGGGUCAGCUUCCACGUGGGCAGCGGCUGCACUGACCCAGACACCUACAGCCAGGCCAUCUCUGAUGCACGCUGUGUCUUCGACAUGGGGUCCGAGGUGGGAUUCAACAUGACCCUCCUGGACAUUGGAGGCGGUUUCCCUGGGUCCGAGGACACCAAGCUCAAGUUUGAGGAGAUCACAGCCGUUAUCAACCCAGCGCUGGACAAGUAUUUUCCUGCCGACUCUGGGAUCCGGAUCAUAGCCGAACCAGGCCGCUACUACGUGGCCUCUGCCUACACCCUAGCUGUUAACAUCAUUGCCAAGAAGGUUAUCAUGAACGAGCAGUCUGCCUCUGACGAGGAUGAUGAUUGGACUAGUGACCGGACUCUGAUGUACUAUGUGAACGAUGGGGUCUACGGCUCCUUCAACUGUAUUCUAUAUGACCAUGCUCACCCCCUGCCUAUCCUGCACAAGAAGCCAAAACCAGAUGAGCGUAUGUACCACUGCAGCAUCUGGGGACCAACCUGCGAUGGCCUGGACCGCAUCGCUGAGAUGUGCACCUUGCCUGACAUGCAGGUGGGAGAGUGGCUGCUGUUUGAGAACAUGGGUGCCUACACCGUGGCUGCGUCCUCUACCUUCAACGGCUUCCAGAAGCCAGACAUCUAUUACACUAUGUCCCGCACAGCUUGGCAGUGCAUGCAGCAGAUCUGUGCCCAGGGGAUGCCUGUUCCUUUGGAGGAGUUGUCCUGUGUGACAUCCAGCUGUGGCCAUGAGAGCAGCCUGGAGCUGCCCACUGAGCCUUGCCAGACCCGUGUGCUCUAAUCAUAACACCAACAUAAUCUCAUACAUACCCACCACCACACUGCCACUCUAUGGGCCCAGUAGCCUGUUUUUAAUUUCCUAUUCAGUUUUUUUUAAUUUUUUAAUUAUUUUUUACUCAUACUGUUGAAAGGCCGGUUACUUGACUGGAGAAUGAGGGGCAUGUUGGUGCACAUAUCUUUCUUUUCUGUAUGAAAGACAGAUCUAAUCCCGAACUGUCCUAUUGUUACGGGGGUCUGAUUGGCUAAUGCCUAUAAUACCAAGGUUGAAUGUUCAUUUAUUGUAGGGGCCACAGGGUGCCUUAAUUUGCACUGAGCUAAGUCGCUCUGAAUGAGAGCACUUGUAAAAUGACAAUGUAAAUGUUACAUGGCGGUGUCGUAGGUGUUUUUUCUCUCCAGCUCCUAGAAGGCGCCAUUUCAGUUGACUCCACUACCACAUCUCAUGACUCGAAAAGGGCUGUUUGAGUGCUGGUUGCUACAGAUAUUUAAUUUUCUCUGAAUCCUCUUUCCCACCGACCACUUUCAGUGUAGGGACUCAACAUGCAGACUGUCCCUCCUUCUCCUUUUCUGUAUUUAAAGUUUUUAGUUUUUUUUUGCUGGGUAGUACACCAGUUAAUGAUAAUUAUUAAUGUUUAAGAUGCAUUUUUUUUUAAAUGGAUAUGAAAGAGAUGGGAUUGCACAUUUGUAUUGCUUUCCUAUGGAAACUAUCAAUUUUGUAUUAAUUUUUUAUUAUAAAUAAAAUGUAGGUGCAGAGCUGAA